AUGCUUAGAUCCGCUAUCCCUUCCUCUGCCCGAGCCCUCGCCCGGUCGAGAGCCCCCAGAGCUGCUGCCAACGUUGCCCGACCAACAGCCGCCUCUUUUGCUCGACACCUCAACACCAAGCCUGUCAGCUCCCCCGCCGCAUCCUCCCUCACAGACAAAAACCACUCUGGCACCCACAGCUCUUCCCGCAUAACCCCCAGCAACAAGAGCAAAGUCUGGUCUGACGCCAAAUCUGCCAUUGUUGAUAUCAAGAACGGUGACACUGUCCUCUCUGCUGGUUUCGGUCUUUGUGGCACGGCCGAAACAAUCAUCAAGGCGAUCAGGGAGAGCGACCUGCAAGACUUGACCGUUGUCUCCAACAAUGCUGGUAACGCUGGUACUUUUGGUCUUUCCCCCCUGAUCACAUCGAAGCAGAUCAAGAAGAUGAUCUUGUCGUACCUCGGUACCAACAAGGGUCUUCAGGCUGCGUACUUGGCGGGAGAGAUCGAGGUCGAGCUUUGUCCUCAGGGCACUAUUGCUGAGCGACUCAGGGCUGCUGGUGCUGGUAUGCCUGGGUUCUACACCCGAACUGGUACUGGAACUUUCGUCGAGACUGGUGGUAUCCCCCAAAAAUUCUCUCCCGACGGAAAGGAGGUUGUCAUUCCCGGUGUGAAGAAGGAGACUCGAGAGUUUGACGGCAAGAAGUUCCUUUUCGAGCCCGCUAUCCACGGUGAUGCCGCCAUCUUCCGAGCUUGGAAGGUCGACAAGGCCGGUAACUGCGUCUUCCGAUACACUACCCGAACCUUCGGCCCCCUCGUCGCUCGUGCCGCCAAGCUUUCCAUCGUCGAAGCCGAAAACAUUGUCGAAAUCGGCGAGCUCGACCCCAUGGAGAUUGAUCUCCCCGGUAUCUACGUCGACCGUAUCGUCCCCGCUACCGAGAACAAGGAGAUUGAGAUCGUCACCACCCGAGAGGACUCUGACAACGUCUCUCCUUCUUCAGGAGAAGAGGUUGAGAAGAAGGAGAAGCCCAAGAGCCAGUUGCAGAGGGAGAAGAUUGCUCAGAGGGCGAGCAAGGAGUUGUUCGAUGGCGCGUAUGUCAACCUUGGUGUUGGUAUCCCCGUCUUGGCUGCCAAUUACUGCCCCGACGGUAUGAAGGUGUGGGUGCAGUCCGAGAACGGUAUCUUGGGUAUGGGUCCCUACCCCGCCAAGAACGAGGUCGACGCCGACAUCAUCAACGCCGGUAAGGAGACCGUCACCCUCGUCGACGGUGCUUCCGUCUUUGACUCUUCCGAGUCCUUCGGUAUGAUCCGAGGUGGUCACGUCGACGUUUCCAUUCUUGGUGCUAUGGAAGUCUCCGCCAACGGUGACCUCGCCAACUACAUGAUCCCCGGUUCUCUCGUCAAGGGUAUGGGUGGUGCCAUGGACUUGGUGUCCAACCCCGACGAGACCAAGAUCGUCGUCGUUACUGUCCACACCGACAAGCACGGCAGGCCCAAGAUUGUGCAAGACUGCAAGCUGCCUUUGACCGGUGCUGGUGUUGUUGGCAGGAUCAUCACCGACCUUGCCGUCUUUGACGUCGACAGGACUGGCGAGCACGGUGGUGGUUUGGAGUUGAUCGAGAUUGCUGAGGGCCACACCCUCGAGGAGAUCAAGGAGAAGACUGGCGCCACUUUCCGAGUCAAGGAGCCUCUCGGCAAGUUCUAA